AUGACCACCAGACGAGUCCGGAUCGUUUGUAUUUCCGACACGCACAAUCAGACUCCCAAGUUGCCCACUGGCGACAUAUUGAUCCAUGCAGGGGACCUUACAAACCAGGGUACGUUCUCGGAACUCAAGAAGACCAUAAAUUGGCUUGGGCAGACCUCGUUCAAAGUCAAGGUCAUUGUCUGCGGGAACCACGAUAUCACUUGCGACAUUCCAUUCUAUCAACAGUAUGGUGCUUACUUCCACAAUAAGAGAAUGGAAGACCCCCAGCAGUGCAUCGCCUUACUUCAAUCGGACUCAUCCAUCGUCUACUUGAACCAUGAAUUGAAGCAAGUUAGAAUUGAUCAUGAAGAUGGCUCUUGCUCCCUUCUCAAGAUUUUUGGCUCUCCAUACUCGCCUGCGCGUGGUCUGUGGGCUUUCGGGUAUUCCCCCGAACACGCUCUUGAACUUUGGCAUCAGAUCCCUCUGGAUUCAGAUAUCGUGGUAACUCACACGCCAGCAAAAUUCCAUCGAGAUGAAUGUGCCACACGUGGAGCCUCAGGAUGUGAAAGGCUUCGGGAGACAUUGUGGAGAGUGCGUCCGCGGUUACAUGUUUGUGGACAUGUCCAUGAAGCAUAUGGGGUCGAGGCCGUGACAUGGGAUAUCUCUUGCCCAUACGUCAAGUUCAAAGAGAAAGGUAUCCGGCGUUGGAAUGACCCUGGUCCCGAAGGCAAGAAGCAAUUUACGGUUGAUCUAUCCGCGAGAGCCCAAUCCACGGCACUGCGCAAUGAUGGGAGCGCAGGAAACCUUGUCUCCAACGUACAGCUCGCGAGAUCUCGGGGCGUUGAAGUCGACGGCGCUGUUGAGGAUGGUCAAGUGCCUGAAGCCAACGGCUACGAAGGCAUUCUGCCUGCGAUUCCUCCGCCUCCCCGACCACCGUUUCCCAGCUUCGAAAAGGCAGAACGCCCUAUUCCAUCUACAGGCGCAAUCACCGAUUACAAGCUACCGGCAACCCAUGGCCUCGGGGGUCCUGGCUCACAUGGUCGAUCGGAUCAAGAAGCAAUCUCAGGUCGCGAAGGAAGGGUCGAAACGUGCAUUGUGAAUGCUGCCUAUAUGGCAACAAAUUGGCCACACAAGGCCGGCAAGAAGUUCCACAAACCUAUCGUGAUCGACCUUGACAUGCCAGUUGAAUAUCCUGACCACGCCUCACCAGUGUAG